CUAAUUACGCAUGGGCCUAUUCAGGGCUAAUGAAGCGAGUUUAGGUUGAGCUGGACAGUUGGGGUUGAUAUGGCCACAACGAGCGGCCGGUGCAGCCUGGCAUGGAGUGAGGUGGCCUACUCGCUGCGAGUAUCUUCCAUUCUUUCACGGCAUAUAUGCGGCAGCCGGAAGUCGCCUGUCAAGGUCGGCCACGAACCGCGUGCGUGGACCGCCGUCGCUGCGGGCUCGGGCUGGGCGCCGCCCGUGCUUGGUCUUACCGGGCCUCGGCGCCCGGAGCUGGCCUGUGCCUCCAACUCGAAUGCCUCGAGCAGCAGUAACAAUAGCAGCAGCAGAAGCCGCGGCGGCCGGGGCGGGGCCGUGCCGGAAGGCGGCCCAGAUGCGCCAGUGUCGGGAGAUGCAUCCUGGCCAGCUCCCACCACGCACCCACAGCACCAGCAGCCGGGCCACACCGCCGCCGGCUGGCCGGGUCCCAAGCAAGCCUCGGCCGAGGCAGCAGCGCUGGAUGGUCGGGGCCAAGGGCCAGGCCAAGCGCAGCGUCACAGGCCGACUGCUGCUGGCGCUGCUGCCGCCCCCCCGCCACGCUGGACGCACAACCAGGGCGGCAGCAGAAGCGGCAGCAGCAGUCAGCGCGGUGGCGCCGGCGGCAACAGCACGCACAACGGCGACAACGCCAGCGCCCCCGGCUCCGCGCCCUCAGCUCCCGGCAACAGCAGCACCAGCACCAGCAGCGGCGCAGCCAGCCCCCGCCCCACGCUUGAUUACACGCUCGAAUCGCCACUGCUGCCGCCCCUGGAGCCGCAACAGCAGCAGCCUCCGCUAACGGCAACAGGCCCGUCAGGGCCCGCGUCAGGCACGGGCACAGGCCCGGCACGCGCGGUGCUGUUGGGCGCGCCGCCGCCUGCGCGCUCCAGCGCUCGGGCUCAGGCGGCGUUGACUCUGCAGAUCGAGGAGUGUCGGGACUGGACGGCCGUGGAAGCGCUCUAUCGCUCCAUCCGCGUAUCAGCAGCGGGCGGCGCCGCCGGAGAUGCCGGUGGAGGAGGCGCAGACGCGGAGCUGCCGCUGGCGGCAGGCCCUGGCGCCGUGGGCGUAGGAGCGGUUGGUGGCAGUGGUGGCGCCGGCGGCGGCGGCGGUGUGCUGAGUGCGCCGCAGCUGGUGUUCAUGCUGAGGCACACAGCCAAGCUGCCGCCGGUGCGGUCCUUCACCAAGUGGGAGGACAGCAGGCUGCAGCGCUUCGUGUCCGAGUUGGCCGCCGAUCUGGCGUCGCAGCUGCUGGGGGCGCAGCAGCAGCUGGCAGCGGAGGCGGAGGCGGCGCGGGCGCGGGGGCUGCCGGAGCAGGACGCGUGGCAGUGGCGGCAGAGCGGCGCGGCGCAGCAGCUGGCGGCGCUGCGGCUGGGGCAUGGCGAGCUGUGUGCGGUGCUGUGGGCGCUGGGGAAGCUGGAGUGCCACCCGGGGCAGGAGGUCAUGGAGGUACUGCUGGGCGCGCUGCAGCCGCUGCUGCCCGGCUGCGGCCCCACCGGCCUGUCACAGGCGCUGUGGGCGCUGGCGCGACUGGGCCACCCGCCCCCGCCCGCCUUCCUGUCCACCCUCAACGCCGCCUUCACACUGGCGCUGCUGCGGACCGAGGAGUGGUGGGCGGCGGAGCACGCACAGCACGUGCCGCAGGCGCACAGCGAGUCAAACGAGUCAACGCAACAUCAGCAGUCAACGCAACAGCAACAGCAACAGCAGCAGCAGCAGCGGGCCGUGGCUCCGGGGGGAAAGAAGCCCUCGCCUCGGGGGCGCGGGGCGGCGCUGCCGCCGAUGCGGCUGCCGCCGAGCGGGCGUGUCAACCCGCAGCACGUGAGCAACGUACUGUGGGCGGGGGUGGUGCUGGGGCUGGAGCUGCCUGGCCAGCUGGUGGCGGCGGCCCUGGGGCUCAUGGAGCGGCGCGUGGAGGAGGCCUCGCCGCAGUCCCUGGCGCUGACGGCCUGGGCGGCGGCGCAGCUGCCCUCGCCGCCGCCCAGCAGUUGGUGGUGGCGGAUGGAGGACGCGGCCCUGGCCAAGAGGAGGUCGCUGGCGCCGCAGGACGUGUCGCACCUGGUGUGGUCCAUGGCUCGCUCCGGCCACCGCCCGCCGCGUAGCUGGCUGCACGGCAUGUGUGUAGACGCGCACGCGGCGCUGCCCGGCUUCAGGCCGCAGGAGCUGACGAACCUGCUGUGGGGCCUGGUGGUGUGUGGAUACAAGCCGUCCGCGGGCUGGACUGCCGCCGCCGUCACCGCCGCACAGGCCAAGCUCAGCAGCUACAAGGCGUUCGAGCUGGCUGUGCUGCUGUGGAGCCUGGCCUGUCUGGAGGCCGGCCCGCUGCUGCCGCGCACCUUCGCGCCCGAGCUGUUCUUCCACUCCUACCCAAAGCUGGCAUUCUUCUCGCCGCAGGACUGCUCCAACACGCUGUGGGCGCUGGCGCGGCUGGGGCUGCGGCCGCCCGAGUCGUGGAUGGCCGUGUUCGUGGAGGAGUCGUUCACGCAGCUGCCGCGCUUCACCUCCCAGCACAUGGCCAACACCGUGUGGGCCUUCGCCAAGCUGGGACGCAAGCCGCCGGAGCCGUGGAUGGACAGGUUCUUCCUGGAGUCCCGGCCGCUGCUGCUGCCUCGCUUCAAGGCCUCCGAGCUCGCGGCCACACUCCUGGCCUUUGGCAUUGCGCGCCUGCAGCCGCCGCGGCAGUGGCUCAACCAGGCGCUGGUGGCAGCCUAUUCCAAGAUGGAUGUGUGCAAGGGUCAGGAGCUCGCCAACAUCCUGUGGGGCCUGUCCCGCAUCCGCUUCCGGCCGCGGCAGCGCUGGCUGGAUGCUGCCACCUCGGCAGCGACACGGCUGGCGGAGCAGGGCGGGCUCGCGUAUUGGGACCUGGUGACGCUGGAGAGGGCGUACGGCACCUUUGGAGCGCUGCUGCCGCCGCCGGUGGUGGCGGCGCUACAGGCGGCGCGGGCGGCGGUGGAGGCGGAGGCGCAGGCGGCACAGGGCGGCACCGGUGUUGGUUGGGCCGGAGAGGGUGCUGGGGCGGCUCCGCUGGGCGGUGGGCUGGGGCCGCGGCAAGGGCAGGGGCAAGGGCGGCAGGGGCGGCAGGGCAGGGAUGCGGAGGCGGCCGGGCCGGCGGCGGAUGAAGUGGAGGAAGUGGUGGAGGAGCGGGCGCACGAGGCAGAGGAGGCGGAGGAGGUGGAGCAGCCGGCGCGGCAGCAGCAGGAACCGCCACGGCUUGGGCGGCAGCAGGGGCGCGGGCAGGCGGUGGCGGCGCAGGCCGCGGCGGGGCCGGGGGCGGGGCCGGCACUGGAGGACGCGGCGGAGGACGUGUUUGGCGGCUCGCGCACGCUGGCACUGGGGCGCCGCAGCGCGCUGGGCCAGCGGCGGCGGCAGCAGCAACAGCAGCAGCGGGGUCUGGGGCUGGGGCUGGGGCUGGGGGCGGAGCGGCCGGGCCACCAGCUCACAGCGGCCGGCGCGUACGUGGACGCGGCGGCGCAGUCGGAUGACGAGUCAGGUGCCGAGGGGGCCACGGAAGUGUCGCCGGAGUUGCGAGAGGCUGUGCUGGAAGCGCCUGCCGGGCCAGAGCUGCCGCGGGCGCCUGCCGCCGCCAUGGCGGCGACGCCGCCGCCGCCGCCGCCGCGCUCCCAGCCGGAGCCCAAGAGCAUGCUAGAGGAGGUUUCGGGAGCGGGUGCAGGGCCCGACAUGGCGGCUGCCGGUGCGACCGCAGCCGCAACGGCGGCGGCGGAAAAGGCCGCCGCGCAGGCGAAGUUAUCAGCGAAGGAGCGGCGGCGCGACAAGCGGCGUCAGGACCGACUGGAGGCCAAGCAGCCGCCGCCGCAGCUGCAGCAGGAGCAGUCUGAGCCGGAUUCGCCAGCGCCGCCGAAGCGGCGGAGAGGCAAAGCGCAGGGCGCGGCAGUGGGCGGUGACGCGGCGGCGCCGGCGGCAGCAGCAGUGCCGGCACAGGUGCCGGCAGAGUCUGCGGCACCGGCAGCCGGCGCGAGUGCGGCGUUGCCGGCGGCGAGCGGGGGCGUUGCCGACUCCCGGCAGCGGGCAACGCGCGAGGCGGUGCCGACUGCCGCUCCUGCCGCCGCUCCCGUCGCGGCGGCUGCGGCCACCACAGCGCCAGGUGACAGUGCUGGUACCCCAGGGCCUGCGGGCAGUGGCAGGUUCAACCGCGGCGACGCGGCCGGUGCCAGCCCUGCAGCUGUUGCUGCGAGCGGCGCUGUGUCCGCAGGUCCGCAGGUGUCGCCUGCUGCGGCAGGCACGUCUGCUGCUCCUGCAGCAGCACCUGCAACAACAGCAGUAGCGGAGGAGGUGCCCCGGGCAGCGUCGAAGGCUUCUGAAGAGCAGCAGGAACAGCAGCAGCAGCAGCAGGACCGGGAGAAAGCGGUGAAGGCGGCAGCUGUCAAGGCGGCGGCACGCAAGGCGGCCAGGAGGCGGGCGGUGCUUGGCGGCGGAGCUGUGGGGGACACGGCGUCGGAGGCGGGGGGCGGAGUGCCACAGUAGGGUUCGGCAGCUCGGCACGCGGACGUGAGGAGCAUGGUUGGGUUGGUUGAGGUGCUUGCGUUUUGGCAAUGGCCGUGCUGUAGACUAGACACAGUGAACGCGGGACGUAGUGGGUGUAGUCGGUAAAAUACAUAGCUCAAGCCAUACAACCGAGGCAUACAACCAGUGGUGUUGUCUGAUUCUUUGGUAGGAAUGCCUGGACAGACAUGAACGCAUGAUGCUGGCGGGGGGACUCUACUCCCCUGCGGGGCGAAGCACGAGCGCGCAGGACUUCACCCGACUGGCCGACUUGAGGUCACUUGAAGCUUGACG